AUGAACGAGUUUGAUCAUUGGCGCAAGGCCUUUGAGUGUGAAGCCUGCUCAUAUAGCUUCGAUACUCGUGCCCAGGCGAAGUACCACAUGCAACAGAUGGAUCACUACCGGAUUCACCGAUGCCAACCGUGCGACAAGGGGUUCGAGAACGAGAACAAUCUGCGACAGCACAUGAAUAGCAACAUACACCGCGGUACCGACAUCACCUGUCCCUUCUGCAAACGUAACUUCGCAACAGCGACAGGCGUAACACAUCACCUCGAGACCGGCUCUUGCAAGAAUGCUCGCUCGUUGAACCGCGACACCAUCCUCUCUGAGAUUCGCCGCCGCGAUCAGAGCCACAUCAUCACCAAGAAAUUCAUCACGUUCCACCCUACUGAGUCUUCGAUAACCGCUACCUCCGCGUCUUGGAAUCCUCACCUUGGCAUGUACGAAUGCUACCUCUGCCAUAAAGCUUUUCGGGAGCUGAAGAGUCUAAACGCCCACGUCAACUCGCCAGCACAUAAGGAGAAGGUGUAUCACUGCCCGGGGCGCGCAUGCGGUAGGGAGUUCAGGGCCCUCGCGGCGCUAUUCAAUCAUCUCGAGAGCGAGACGUGUGGAACUGCGAGGUUCAACGAUGUGCAGAGAAAUGUCGAGGGCAUCUUGACGGGACAGGGAAGAAUCGGUUUCGCAUAA